AUGUCGUUCACUUACAUCUCCGACAACAAUAACAGCAAGACCCGCCGAGAUUCCAGCCACUCGAUUGUCCACCGUCAUCAUCACGGCGAAGAAGGUAAAGAACCACGAGCAUUUAAGACCGCUCUCGUCAGUGCUUUACUUGCUGGCUUUGCCGUCCAUAAGAAAACCAAAGGAGACAAGCUCUCCUCGGUGGCUGCUGCCGCAGUCGGUGCCCUUGUCGCGCGCGAGACCAAGCGUUACCCGUGGGCAUCCUCUGAAGGUGGCAUUUUGCGGUACCCGAAAAGUCUCCAGCCAUGCGAACUCGCUGUGGCGAUGUCCGUUGUACUACCCUUCAAUAUCGCGCCAGCGGUCGACAAUCCAGGAAAGAAAAGGAUGACGGCCAGCUGUAUCUCUACCCGUGGGAAGAGAAAGCCCUUGCCAAAUUCCUGGCGCACCAAGAUGCCCUUGGACGCUCUGUUCGGGUAG